AUGGCGGGCCCCGGGGUCCGCGGGGGGCCCCACGGCGCCUUCCGGGACCAGCUGGACCGAUGCAUCGCGCGCCUGGAGCGGGAGCGGGGGCUAGGCCCCGCCCAAGUUUUUGACUUCACCUCCGGCUGUUGCCCCCCCUCAACCAAUGGUGACUCCCAGCUCGGUUGUCCAGAAGAACCUGAGAAGAGCAAUGCCGCCUCUGGGGAUCUUCUCACCCAAAACGAUCUCCCUGCUCGGCCCUCGGUGAGACCACGGGCCCCGGCCGUCACCGGCGUCCUUGUCCCAGAGGGGGCCGGGCCCGGUCCGGGUGAGUGUGGGGCUUUGCAGCCUGGGGUGAGUGGCCUGCCCGGGGCAGGGGACGGCCACAAAGAGGUGACUGCCUCAAAUCAGAAGAAGAAGAAGAAGAAAAAGAAGAAGGAGGAGGUGGGGCAACGGCAGCCCCAGUCCCAGCCAUCACAGCAGCCCCAGCAGCCCCAGCCACAGCAGCUGGGUCAUACUGGGAGACCAGCAAAGCAGCCCAGCCACAGGGGGCCAAGCUUGGAGACAGCAACCCCUCCACAGCCUCCAGACCCUCAGCCGGAGGAGCAGCUGCAGAGGGAGGUGGACUGGUGUGUGGAACAGCUGGAACUGGGAUUGAAGAACCAGAAAUCGACUCCAAAGCAAACUGAGGACGCCCGGCGCGCGCUGCGCACCCUGCGCAGUGACAAGGCCGUGCUGGCUCGGAAGCGGCAGCUGAUGCGCUCGCUGUUCGGCGACUACCGGGCUAAGAUGGAGGCGGAGCGGAGGCGGCAGCUGCAGCUGAUGCAGGCUGCAACCAAGUCGGCCCGAGUGCUGGCAGUGGACACGGCCACCCGAAGGAGAAGCUGCCAGGUGUGCCGGCGACGAGGAGGGCCCAGUGUCCGGACACAUCAGGGCCUCAGCCCCGGCCACCCCAUUGAAAUCUCCACCUCACCGGUUGAGUUUUGUUUCAACUUCUUCUAGUCGGUGGUGUGGACUGACCACCCGAGGUCUCGGCCCGCUCAGCACCGGGCCGGAGAGGAUCAGGUUCGGAGCCCGGUCCUGUUCAGCUAUGGUCGGACAAGGAGCUGCCACACUGACCGUCGGACUGAGCGCAAGCUUGGAGCCCCGCGAGGGAAGAUCUCCACCCCACAGCCUGGGGCUGGGGGCUGGACUCAUGAAUUCCCCUGCAGCUGCCUCCCUGGGCACUGCAUAGCCCUGUUGUGCCUCAGUUUCCCCAGUGGUACAUGCCUCUCUCUGGGAGGGCUGCUCAGUAAAAGCCACUGUGAGA